AUGCCCUCCUCUCCAACGAUCACUCUUUCCAAUGGUCAUAAAAUGCCGCAAGUGGGUCUUGGAACAUGGCAAUCAACGCCUGAAGAGGUGAUUUCCGCAGUCAAGGCUGCAAUAAACGCUGGAUAUCGAUUGAUUGACACUGCUUCUGGAUACCGUAAUGAGGAAGCGAUUGGACAAGCAAUUAAGGAGUUGAUCCAGGAAGGAGUCAUCAAAAGAGAGGAGUUGUUUGUUACUACCAAGGCCUGGACCCACGAGAUCGCUCCAGGGAAACUCGAGACUGCCCUCCAUUCAUCUCUCAAAAAACUCCAGCUAGAAUAUGUGGACCUCUACCUCGCUCAUAUGCCAACUGCAACUAAUGAUGAUAUGAGUCAACAAAUCCACGAAUCCGUUGAAGACAUCUGGAAACAAUUCGACGGUGUCUAUAAAGCAGGACUCGCCAAGGGUGUUGGUGUCUCAAACUGGAAUAAUUCUCAAAUUGAGAGAGCUUUGGCCCUAGGAGUAACUCCUGUUCAUAACUCUCAAGUCGAGCUUCACUUGUAUUUCCCACAACACGAUCAUGUGGAUUUCUGCAAGAAGCAUGGAGUCUCUGUAACUUCUUAUUCCACUUUGGGAAGUCCUGGACGUGUGGAGUUUACUCUUCCAAAUGGAAUAAAACCCUUCGGUCCAGCUCCCUCCGAACUCCAAGACUCUAACGUCAUCUCAAUUGCCGAGAAGCAUCACAAAUCGCCAGCUCAAAUCCUACUCCGCUACGCUGUUGAUCGUGGCAUCGCAAUCAUUCCAAAAUCGAUUCAUGCUAACAGAAUCAAGGAAAACUUUGACAUUUUCGAUUUCACUUUGACUCAUGAGGAAAUCGAAAAGUUGGAGGAGAGCAAGACGAAUAGAAGAUUGUUCGCUCAGGAUUUCAUGGCCGGACAUCCAGAAGACGCAUUCGUCGACGAGAGGAACUAG